ACCGGUUGGCGGUUCAGUCGAUCGUAGCAAGCGGUUGAAAAGACAUCAUUACAACGUGCAAAGCCUCCUCCGGACAAGCAGAAGAAGAAGAUGGCCUCGUACAAGGUUGAGCAGCUACCGUCACCACUGUCCGUGCUUGGAGAAGGACCUCACUGGGAUGUGGAACGUCAGAGCCUGUACUACAACGAUAUCUACGGAGGAUCGAUCCAUCGUUACGAUUAUGCCGAGAACAAGACGUACAAUGCCACCAUCGAUGGCUUCCCGGUGAUUUCGUUCAUCAUUCCGGUCAAGGGCAACGAUCGGCACUUUAUCAUCGGCACCGACCGAAAGGUGACGCUCGUCGAUUGGGACGGCCGCUCGGAGAAAGCGACCUUCGUGCGCACGGUCGGCGAGGUCGAACCGACGAUGGAGGAUAACCGUUUCAACGAUGCGAAGGUUGACAGCAAGGGACGCUUUUAUGGCGGUACCAUGCGCCUCGAGGCCAAGGGUGACAUCUUCGAGAUGCGGCUCGGCACGUUCUACCGGUACAACGCGAAGCAGGGCAAGUUUGUGACGCUGAAGGAGAAGAUCGGUGUGUCGAACGGGCUGUGCUGGAACGAGGCCGGCAACCUGUUCUACUACAUCGAUUCCUGCGAUCUGGACGUGAAGGAGUACCAGGUGGACGCGAAUGGAGACAUCUCCGGCGAGCGUGUGGUAAUUGACUUCCGCGUCAAUGGCGAGCGGCCCCCGUUCGUGCCGGACGGUAUGACGAUCGAUGCGAACGGUUCGCUGUACGUCGCCACCUUUGGCGGAUCCACCGUGUACAAGGUGAACUCGAAAACGGGCAAGGUCGAGCUGGAGAUUAAGCUGCCGUGCGAGCAGGUCACCUCGGCUGCAUUCGGUGGCCCCAAUCUGGACAUUCUGUACGUGACGACGGCCGCGAAGGAGUUCAAAUCGCCGCAGCCUGCACCGGCCGGUGCACUGUUCGCGGUAACAGGGCUGGGCGUCAAGGGUACGCCGAUGUAUCCGGUGGAUCUUAGUUAAGCAACUAACUAACUAACGUAACUACUUGUAGAGUUGUUCUCAUAAUGUGCAAUAAAAUGCGUACACCGCUGCGUGUGU